AUGACAGCGGAGUCUCUGUUCCAACGAAUUUUGCAAGAACCAGACGUUUUCUACCGACAUCAGCAGAAUGACGAGCCAGAUUUGUCUGCGGACGACAAGCGAAUGAUCUUAAGCGAUUUGCUAAUCUCGAAUAAGGUCUUGUUUCUUCAAAGGUAUGGAAAAUAUAUGAACAGUGAGGAUUGUGUGCUAUUCCAAGAUGAGUCUGACCCACUGGUUGGUUACAUGAUUGGCCAAAUCGAGAGGAGACGAUCGGAUGCUCAAAAUUUGAAGACUCGUCGUUAUUUAAUGUUGCAAAAACUCAAAGAGAAGGGGAAAUAUUUCUCAGAUGAGAAGAUGAGAGAACGAGAGCCGUAUCUCUAUGACGUUAUGGUUGGGAAGUUUGUUCAAGAGAAAGAUAGGAUUAACUUGCGUCCAUCGGUUUCCCGUGAGGAAUGCGUUGAGGGCGGAUGGGCAAACAUGAUGUGUCAAUUUGAAUCGUCUCGUGAAAUCGCUCAGCGGCGAAAUGAACAUCACACCGAAUGGCAAAGGGAUGCUGAGCAAUCUCUAAAAUCGGAGAAAAUUUCACGUAUGGAAGCCCAUGUCAGCAAUAUGCUUUCAUCGCAAGAAGAUGAGAUGGCUGGUGAUUUUGAUGACGGUUUCGACGAAAUGCGGUCGGAAGUAAACCGAAUAAGUCCCUAUACUGCGAAGGAGAUGAUGAUGUGGACUCAAUCUGGGUACUUUAACGACAAUCUUCUUAUAAGAACUGAGCAUGAAGAGCGUUUCCAUACUUUGGGCGAGUGGACUCGGGUUUGCGGUGGCAAGGUACCCUUUGUGCUACCAGUGAUAUCAAUGGAGGCUUUAGUUGGACAAAUUGCACCUCGUUUGAAUCCUGUUGUGAUAGGAAUGCUUCCACCAGGUCUUCCACCGCCAUUUCCACCUCCAAUGCAUGGCAGAUUUACCCACUUCGUUCCUGGGAUGCCUCCUCCACAACAUCAUCAACCGCCGAUGACCCAUAGUUUGCCGCCAUCAGAGCCGUUGGAUGCAGCUAGCAGUGUCUCUCAGACGCCCGACAGCGAACAAGAGGUUCACAAUGAAAGCAAUGGAAUAUCGAACCUUCGUCACAUGGCGGUGUCAACGGCGGAGCUUCCAGUGAUGGUGUCAGUGGCCACUGGAACUGAUAGUCCUGUGUUACGCGAGGCGGCUUGUCAAACUACUCCGCUCAUUGUAUGGUUUUUCUCAUUCUUAUUUUUACAAGAUGUUCUUAUUUCCGCGUAA